UCCACCCCACCCCCACCUGUCACUCUCCUGAGUUCCCUCAACCGGCAGCGAGCAGCAAAACCACCGGCGGCGGCCAAUGGCCUCCUCCUCCGCCGCCGCAGCCUCCGGGGGAAGCGGCGCGCGUCCGUGGCGCACCGCGCUCCUCACCCUCCGCGACGAGUCCGUCGCCUCGCCCUCCCCUCCGGCCCUCCUCGCGCUCCUCCUCCGCCUCCUCCUGUCCCCCUCCCUUCCCGCCGCCGCCGCCGCGCUCUCCGCUCACGAGGUGGGCUCGGAUUUGGCGUUCCUCGCGGAGAAGGCCGCGGUGGUGGCCCCCUGCGCUGGCGCCGACGACGUUCUGCGUGGCGUCUGCCGCCUGAUUCACGAUGUCAUGUGCAGAACAAAUACAGAGAUCGACUCUUCUGGUUGGCUUGCAGUGUUGAAGUUCCUUGAUGAGCUUGUGAGGUGCUCGAUUGACGGUGCAUGUGUUAAGGGCCUCUCUGAUAGGACAGCUGCAUUGAAUACACUAUCUGAGUGUUUACAAAUUCUCAGGUUUUUGAAUAAGGAUUUUGGAAGAAGCAGUUCAUUAACUGAGAAUUCAAAUGUACUCAGAGUUCUCAUCUUGAUUAUAUCAUGCUUGCAAGCUGAACUGAACCUGACAAAUAAACCCAAUGGCUCUGGCAUUUCUUCCCACAUUUCUGGAUCAACGAAUAAUAAAAAUUCUAAUAUAUGGGAUAUGGAAAUCUCUGCAUUUUCCAUGGUUGAAGAUAUACUAUGUAAAAUUGCACCAAGUAUGUCGGAAGAUUUAUGGAAGUCUGUUCUUGAGAUCUUGAGGAAAGUGAUAGAUCUUGUGACAGCAAGGAACCUUAUUAUAGAGAGUAGUGUUAUGUCAAGAUUUUAUACUUCCUUUCUUCGUUGUCUGCAUUUGGUUCUUUCAGAACCGAAAGGUUCACUUUCAGGGCAUGUAGCAGGUUUUGUGGCAAAUUUGCAAAUGUUUUUUGUGUAUGGACUAAGGUCAUCGACGCCAUCUGCUAUAACUCCAACCGAAAGUAAAACAGAAUCAAAAUCCAGGACUUCUGGUCGUGGUCGAUAUAGACCACCUCAUUUACGAAAAAAGGAUGGAAAGGGGAAUGAUUCAUUGGACGAUCGAAGUUCGGAUAGUGAAUCUUCUAGACAUGAUUUAUGCUCAUCAGAUUCGGAUCUGAGUGACACUGAUGGAUAUGCAACAAACGGAGACCGUUUCCGGAGUUCAAAGGCUAGAUUAGCUGCCAUCCUUUGUAUACAGGAUAUCUGUCGUGCUGACUCAAAGUCACUUACUUCACUAUGGCCAUUACUUUUGCCUGAGAACGACGUCCUCCAACAAAGAAAACAUCGAGCAACUCUGAUGACAUGCUUGAUUUUUGACCCUAUAACAAAGGUACGUGUUGAGGCAGCAUCAACCAUUGCUGUGAUGCUUGAAGGACAUGCCUUAGUUUUGACACAAGUAGCAGAGUACAAGGAAUCAUCGAAACUUGGAUCUUUCACUACGUUAUCUUGCUCGCUUGGUCAAAUUCUGAUGCAGCUGCAUACAGGUGUGAUGUACUUGAUACAGCAUGAAACUCUAGCUACAUUUCUUGCAGCAUUGUUCAGAGUUCUCAUCCUUCUGAUAUCUGCUACACCGUAUUCUCGCAUGCCAAAGGAGUUGUUACCAACUGUCAUCACAGCCAUGUGCAGCAGAUUAUUGGAGAAGCACUCGAAUAAAAAUGAACAUUAUGCCUUAGUGGUUAAUGUUCUAAGUUGCUUGGAGGCAGCAUUUGCGAAGGUACCACCUUCUUCAGAUGUCUUUGGAGUUCUCAUGGAGGGUUGUGCAGGGCCAUCACAUGCUCAGCAAAAGUCAGGUGUGGUAGCUGUCCUUCUUCAUUGUGUAGAAAAGGAAAUGCAUUUCAGCAUUAGAUGCGGAGCUCUCCAGGUGUUGAGAUCAGUGGUUCAUAAUUACCCAAGCUGUGCAGACAUCAUUUGGGAAAAAGUUCAAGACAUUGUUCUUGAUUUGUUGCAAACGGAAAUCUUUGAAGACCAAAGAUCUGAUGCUAACUUUGGACCUCCUAAAGAAGAGUUAUCGAUUAAGGGAAGAUGUCUUGUAGCUGGCAUUAAGGUAAUCGACGAGUGUCUGCGUGUUUCAUCUGGAUUCAAGGGAGCAGAUGACCUCAAAGAAUGUAGAUUGCUGGAUAUUCAGCAAAUUUCUGAUUGUACUGUAAAUAAAAGUAUCAAAUCUGCACCGCACUUUGAAAUCGUAAUCCCUGGACCAACACAAAACUGUGCUUCGGAUAUAACACUUGGAACCAACCGUUGGAUUGAGGUGAUAGAAACUCUUCUCCCUCGGGGAUUGUCACAUGCCUCCGCUAUGGUCAGGACAGCAUCACUCACAUGUUUUGCAGGCAUGACUUCUGAUGUUUUCUUCUCCCUGCCAGUAAACAACAGAGAUUAUGUGACGUCGUCAUCUGUUCAUGCAGCAAUGAGUGACGCAGUUGCUACUGUGCGAUCGGCUGCUUGUCGAGCCAUCGGUAUUGUUUCAUGUUUCUCGCAAAUACUGUCGAGUUCUAGUCUGCCUGGCGAGUUCAUAGAAGCCAUUGAGUUUAAUACCCGAAAUUCAUCGACUCCAGUUCGUAUCACUGCAUCAUGGGCUUUGGCAAAUCUUUGUUCUUCUAUUCGUUUUAGAGCAUUAGAACUGCAAGCGGAUCCAUCUGCAGGUGUAAUAGAUAAAUCAACCACGUCUUUGUUGGUUGAAAUUGCUUUGCGCCUGACCAAAGACGGUGAAAAGGUGAAGUCAAAUGCUGUUAGAGCUCUUGGAUAUCUUUCAAGGUUUAUCAGAUUCAAUCAUCAACCUGACGUCGAUGUGCCAAGCGAUUCAGUUAACUAUGGAGAUCUUGUCUGGCUUGAAAGGAUGGUACAGGCUUUGAUGUCUUGUGUGACAACCGGAAAUGUUAAGGUUCAAUGGAAUGUUUGUCACGCUCUUAGCAACUUAUUCAUGAAUGAUACCUUGAGACUCUCAGACAUGCCGUGGGCAUCAAGUGUUUAUAGCAUACUUCUACUGCUACUCCGGGACUCGAACAAUUAUAAGAUAAGGAUGCAUGCGGCCGUUGCCUUAGCUGUGCCAGUCACAAGGCUUGAUUAUGGUACCUCAUUUCCAGAUGUUGUUCGAGGCCCUGUUCAUGUCCUUGAGUCAUUAAGUUCAAACAAUGCGUCGUCACCUUCAAAUUUCAAACACCGAGACAACCUUGAGAAACAGCUUACAUUUACUGCUCUUCACUUGCUUGGUUUUGUUUCUCCAAAGGAUGAUCAAAGCCUGAAAGAUUUUCUUUUCAAGAAAGCAACCUUUCUUGAAGACUGGUUGAAGUCUUUAUGCUCCUCAUUCAAUAAUACCGAGGACCAGCCUCCAGUAAGCAAGACCAUAAAUGACGAGGAUGGUUUCAGCCCAAAUGUAUCACAGAAAGUUAUGCUAUCCUCUGCUGUGAUGUCCUUGCUCGAAGUAUAUAAAAGUGGAAACCAGCAAGCUAUUGCUCAGAGAUUUGAGCAUUUGGCUAGAAGCAUAGCAUGAGUAACAAACAUCUAUUGUGGUCUCCACCGGCAUUACAAGCAGCAAGUUAUUGGUCAUCUACCUCUCUGAAAGCCAACUCGCUUAUCAACUUUGUUCUCAAGAGGCUUCCAAUAAAGAGAGACAACCUGACCUGUACAUUAAUAUACUCAGUGAACUCAGCGAAGGUGCGGAGUUUGCCGUUUUCAGAUAUUUGCCAGCAUACAGAAGAUCCUGGCAGAUGCUUGGAUCACUGCCAAAUGUGCCUCCGCGUGUCGUUGUAUUCUCGUGUAAAAGUAGUUCUUGAGUUUCCUCCAGUUCCAGGUGUGGCCAUGUUGUACAUCAUAUUAAUUUACAGUAAAGCAUUAGUGUGCAUAUGUGUUGCAAGUACUGGCAUACUUCUACCGAGGGAUUUCUCCACUUAAGCUAUCCUAGCCCAAAGUAUCAACAGUUACAGAUACAUACAUGUAUUCAUUAGUUCCACAUAGACCGUAGCGCUAUGGAUUACCAUGGACUUUGCAAUGGGGACAUGAAUGCAUUGUUAGACCACAAGCA